AGCGGGAGCCGGUGCAGGGCGGGCGCGGGGCGGCGGCCGUCCAUGCAGCGGGGCUCGGGGCUGCCCGGCGCCAGGAACCACGCGGGGGCGAGGCCGGGCGAGGCGGCCGCCGGCCGCUGCGGGACGCGGACCGCCAGGAGUUGAACACCACUCCCAUCUGCAGAGAAUUGGUGACAUCUCUGAGGAGCCCUUGCUUCUGCCUGGACCCCCAGCAUCAUGGUUUUCCAUUUCAUGGGGUCUCUCAGUGUCCUGGGUUCCCUCCUGCUGCUUGGAUUCCAGCUCGUCUGCCCACAGCCCUUCACUGAACACAGGAUGGUCCCGCAGCGGAGGCCGGCGGCCGAGGGCGCCCCGGAGGACGGCGGCGGCGGCGCCCCGGGCGUGUGGGGCGCCUGGGGCCCCUGGUCCGCCUGCUCGCGCAGCUGCAGCGGUGGCGUGAUGGAGCAGACGCGGCCCUGCCUGCCCCACCGCGCGCGCGGCGCCUCGAGGCCCGGCGCCCCCGCGCGCGCCUUCCCGGGCCACGUGGUGUCAGCCGUGCGCACGUCCGUGCCGCUGCUCCGGAGCCGCGACGAGCCGCUCGCCCUGGCCGGCCCCGACGCCAGCCGCCAGGGCGCCCCGGUGCCGCGGGGCAGCCGCCACCCGCAGGCCCGGAGCCGAGAACCGGCUGCCCACAGAAGGAGUAGGACCCGAGGUCCCAUCGGCCCUGGCAAGUAUGGCUAUGGUAAAGCCCCAUAUAUCUUACCACUGCAGACGGAUGCCACACACACACCACAGAGGCUUCGGAGACAGAAGCCCUUAUCCCGGCAUUCCAGGUCUCAGGGGGAGUCUGCUUCUAGAAGCUACAGCCCAUCAGCCCACCAGGUCCCCCAACAUGGGCCUUUGUACCAAAGUGACAGUGGCCCCCAUUCUGAACUGCAGACCUCCGAGGCCUCCAUCUACAAGCUGCCUUUGACCCAUGACCAAGGCUUCCCUGCAGCAUCAAGUCUCUUCCACAACCCGGAAACAAGCAAAAACCAUGGUGUGGGGGCCCAGAGAACAGGUCACAGCUUCUCCCAGCCUGCCCGGUCUACAGCAAUCUCCUGCAUCGGGGCCUAUCGGCAGUACAAGCUGUGCAACACCAAUGUGUGUCCAGAAAGCAGUAGAAGCAUCCGGGAGGUUCAGUGUGCGUCCUACAACAACAAGCCAUUCAUGGGCCGGUUUUAUGAGUGGGAACCAUUUGCAGAAGUAAAAGGCAAUCGCAAAUGUGAGUUGAACUGCCAGGCCAUGGGUUACCGCUUCUAUGUCCGGCAAGCUGAGAAGGUCAUUGAUGGGACCCCCUGUGACCAGAACGGCACAGCCAUCUGUGUGUCUGGGCAGUGCAAGAGCAUCGGCUGUGACGACUACCUAGGCUCCGACAAAGUCGUGGACAAAUGCGGGGUGUGUGGAGGUGACAACACUGGCUGUCAGGUGGUGUCGGGCGUGUUUAAGCAUGCGCUCACCAGCCUGGGCUACCACCGCGUUGUGGAGAUUCCCCAAGGAGCCACAAAGAUCAACAUCACGGAGAUGCACAAGAGCAACAACUACUUGGCCUUGCGAAGUCGUUCUGGCCGCUCCAUCAUCAAUGGGAACUGGGCAAUUGAUCGUCCUGGAAAAUACGAGGGUGGAGGGACCAUGUUCACCUACAAGCGUCCGAAUGAGAUUUCGAGCACUGCCGGAGAGUCCUUUCUGGCCGAGGGUCCCACUAAUGAGAUCUUAGAUGUCUAUAUGAUACACCAGCAGCCUAACCCGGGAGUUCACUACGAGUACGUCAUCAUGGGGACGAACGCCAUCAGCCCACAGGUGCCACCUCACAGGAGACCAGGGGAACCCUUCAACGGCCAGCUGGGAACAGAAGGUAGGGGCCAGGAGGAGAGAGAAGAAAAAGAGAGGGACAAGGAGAAGGAAAGCUUACGUGGGGAGACACCAGAAAUACUCACCUCAGAAUCAGCGCAGACCUUCCCAGUCAGGCAUCCAGACAGAUUUUCUUCCCAUCGACCAGAUAACUUGGUGCCACCAGCACCACAGCCCCCACGGCGGAGCCGGGAUUACAACUGGAAGCAGCUGGGGACAACAGAAUGCUCAACAACCUGUGGGAAAGGAGCGCAGUACCCCGUUUUCCGCUGUGUGCACAGAAACACUCAUGAAGAGGUGCCUGAGAGCUACUGUGACUCCAGCAUGAAGCCCACCCCCGAGGAGGAGCCCUGCAACAUCUUUCCUUGCCCUGCCUUCUGGGACAUUGGGGAGUGGUCCGAGUGCAGCAAGACCUGUGGCCUGGGCAUGCAGCACCGCCAGGUCCUGUGCCGCCAGGUGUACGCCAACCGCAGCCUCACGGUGCAGCCCUACCGCUGCCAGCACCUGGAGAAGCCCGAGACCACCAGCACCUGCCAGCUCAAGAUCUGCAGCGCGUGGCAGAUCCGGACCGACUGGACCUCGUGCUCGGUGCCCUGUGGAGUGGGACAGAGAACGCGCGAUGUGAAGUGUGUGAGCAAUAUUGGGGACGUGGUGGAUGACGAGGAGUGCAACAUGAAGCUCCGGCCGAACGACAUUGAGAACUGUGACAUGGGCCCCUGCGCCAAGAGCUGGUUCCUCACGGAGUGGAGUGAAAGGUGCUCGGCAGAGUGCGGGGCUGGAGUGCGGACGCGCUCGGUGGUGUGCAUGACCAACCACGUCAGCAGCCUGCCCCUGGAGGGCUGUGGGAACAACCGGCCGGCGGAGGCCACCCCAUGUGACAAUGGGCCCUGCACGGGCAAGGUGGAGUGGUUUGCUGGAAGCUGGAGCCAGUGUUCCAUCGAGUGUGGGACAGGGACACAACAGAGAGAGGUGAUUUGUGUUAGGAAGAAUACAGAUACCUUUGAAGUGCUAGACCCCUACGAAUGCUCUUUCCUGGAGAAACCCCCCAACCAGCAAUCCUGCCAUCUCAAGCCCUGCGGAGCCAAAUGGUUUAACACAGAAUGGAGCAUGUGCUCCAAGACCUGCCAGGGUGGCUUCCGGGUUCGGGAAGUGAGGUGUCUGUCUGAUGACAUGACCCUAAGUAAUCUCUGUGACCCUCAGUUGAAACCAGAAGAGAGAGAAUCUUGUAACCCUCAGGACUGUGUCCCUGAAGUUGAUGAAAACUGUAAGGACAGAUACUACAACUGCAACGUGGUGGUCCAGGCGCGGCUCUGUGUCUACAAUUACUACAAGACCGCGUGCUGUGCCUCCUGCACCCGCGUGGCCAGCCGGCUGGCGGGCUUCCUGGGGAGCAGAUAACACCCACAGCCCCAUCAGAAGGGCAGCAUCCUCUGCCCUGGGGGGCUGUAAGCAGGGUGCCCAGCUAGCUGCACUCCACCAGGGCUCCCUGGCCCAGGACGCUGCCAGCCAACUUGGUCGCCACCCCCGCCUUCCCUCCGGUGAAUUGAACCAUGUGGUACCCAGCAGCUUCGUGCACAGGAUGUCUGAAAGCCACGGCUGGUC